AUGUCUCCAAACCAGGAGAAGCGUGAUAUCGAGGCUGCGGUCCAAGAAGCCGAAGCGACCUCCCACCAGAUCGAUCUGAAGGCGAGCAAUGUCGACUUCGAACGUGGCCAGCUGCUUGCUGGCCUGCCAGACCCAGACGAAGAGAAGAGCGAGGAGGAGAAGAAAGCCAUCGACAAGAAGCUGAUGCGGAAAGUGGAUCUCUGGCUUGUACCGUGGCUAUCUAUCCUAUAUCUGCUGUCGUUCUUGGAUCGAGCAAACAUCGGCAACGCCCGCCUGGCCGGAAUGGAGGACGACCUUGGAAUAACUGGUACCCAGUACAACAUCUCCCUCACAAUCUUCUUCAUCUCGUAUGCGAUAUUUGAGCCAAUCACGAACGCCUUGUUGAAGAGGCUGACGCCCCGAUUGUUCUUUACCGCCAUCAUACUUGCCUGGGGUACCAUAAUGACACUGAUGGGCCUGGUCACCAGCUAUCAAGGUCUGUUGGCCGCGCGCUUCAUGCUUGGUGUCGCAGAAGCUGGCUUGUUCCCUGGCGUGACAUACUAUCUUUCUUGCUGGUACAAAUCCUCCGAAAUUGGCGUCCGUAUCGCGCUUUUCUUCUCUGCAGCCGCCAUUGCAGGCUCCUUCGGUGGACUGCUCGCCGCGGCGAUUGCUCUCAUGGACGGUAUCGGCGGCCGACCGGGCUGGGCAUGGAUCUUCAUUCUUGAAGGGCUUGUUACUGUGCUCGCAGGUGUCGCUUCCUGGUGGUUAGUCUUUGACUGGCCCGAGACCGCACGCUUCUUGACACCCGACGACCAAGUCAGGGUGCAACGGCGCCUGAUCCUUGACCGACAGGGCAAGACAGCUGAGGAUUUCGACAAGCGGUACAUCAUUGAAGCCCUCAAGGAUUGGAAAACCUAUGGCUAUAUGGUCAUCUAUAUGGGCUGCUUGGUUCCACUCUACGCUUUCUCCCUCUUCCUGCCAACGAUCGUCCAGGGAAUGGGAUACAAAGGCCACCACGCUCAACUCCUCACAGUCCCACCAUAUGUCUGCGCCGCGUUAGUCACGGUAUCCGUGGGCUUCUUCGCUGACCACACCCGGUGGAGAGGAUACUGCAACAUGGCCACGGUCACUGUCGGCGCUAUUGGGUUCGCUCUUCUCCUCUCAAGCUCCAACAUCCACAUUCAGUACGCAGGCACCUUCCUUGGAGCCGCAGGUAUCUAUCCCACCAUCCCCAAUACCCUCUCCUGGGUGUCCAACAACACGGAAGGCUCGCUCAAGCGAGCCGUCGUACUGGGCAUGGUGGUGGGAUGGGGCAAUCUUAACGGAGUCGUCUCGUCAAACAUCUACCUCAAGACUCAACGACCGAGAUUCUGGACCGGCCACGGCGUCGUGCUGGGCUAUCAGCUUGUCUUCCUUCUUGGCGGCUCGAUCUUCAUGCAUUUUGCAUUGAAGCGAGAGAACAGGAAGCGUCGGUCUGGAGAGCGGGACAAUAUGCACGCGGGCCUCAGCGAAGAGCUCAAGAUCAUUAAGGGCGAUGUCAGGCCGGACUUCAUUUACACGUUGUGA